GAGGAGCAGCAGGAAGAGGAGAGUGCAAACCACGAAGAGUUCAGAAAAUUGCUUCAUUACUUCGUUCCAACCGGCUGGCUGCAGAAUAAAAGGACGUUUUUGCAGGAACUUGGACACCUCGCAGGGGGAAUGGCAGCUCGGUGAGAGGAGCGGACUUCCUCUGCUUCCAUCCCCAGUGUUGGAUUCGUAAACUGCACCACAGGGAAGCUGAGCGGGCUUUGAUCUGAAAGUGCUGCUGCAGCUGUCGGUGUUGCACCUGGAGACCCCUGUCCUACUCUGGCCCUGCUCAGCCAGCUGUGUGCCGGGUCAGACAGGAUGACGGGGUGUGCCAAACGCUGCAAACAGGGACUCGUCAAAUUUGCCUUUACUCUUCACAAACUGGUCACUGGGACUCUCAUCAAAGACAAAGCUGACGAUGACUUGGAGAUGACCAUUGUGUGCCAUCGGCCGGAGGGCCUCGACCAGCUUGAAGCUCAAACCAAUUUCAGUAAAAGAGAGCUCCAAGUUCUCUAUCGGGGCUUCAAGAAUGAAUGCCCCAGUGGAGUUGUUAACGAGGAAACCUUCAAGCAAAUCUACUCACAGUUUUUUCCACAUGGGGGUGAGGACUGGGUGUCACCUUUGCUUCUGUGUCGACUCAUUUCGGUUUACUCACUGCCCCUUUUAUCUGUUGCUCCAGAUGCCAGCACUUACGCUCACUACCUGUUCAAUGCUUUUGACACCGGACACACAGGAUCAAUAAAGUUUGAGGACUUUGUUACAGCUUUAUCCAUCCUCCUAAGAGGUUCUGUCACAGAGAAACUCCAGUGGACCUUUAAUCUCUACGACAUCAACAGAGAUGGAUACAUCAACAAGGAGGAGAUGACAGACAUUGUCAGAGCAAUAUAUGACAUGAUGGGGAAAUACACAUACCCUGUCCUGAAAACUGAUGCACCCAAACAACAUGUGGAUGCCUUCUUCCAAAAAAUGGACAAAAAUCGAGACGGUGUCGUCACGCUUGAUGAAUUCAUCUUUUCUUGUCAAGAGGAUGAAAACAUCAUGAGGUCUCUGCAGCUUUUUGAAAAUGUCAUCUAAAUGACAAAUGCCAGGAGGGGGUGGAGCAACAGAUGAAAACACAGAGCAAGAGACGAGGGAAGAAAAAGGAUAAGGAGAAUGAAAGACGGACAAAAGUUUGCAGGAGCAAAAACAUUAAAACCUCAGAGAGAAGCAAAACAAGGAGCUUUAACUGCCACUUUGGGUUUAGAAAUGUAUCUCUGCUGAACAAACCUUCACUGGUUUUUGAAAUCCUCUUUCAGAUUCAUUUGGUCUUUCUCUGAGUGUCUACCUCGUCUCUGUCUCCUUCAUUUAUCACUGUUGUGGCUUACUUUCAGCUUGGACUCUAUUUGUUUUGGGGGUUUUUGCCACAUUUGUGUAAAUAUGCAGCCAGUCUCUCCUUUGGGCUAGUCUGUCUCUUGUUUUGAACUAAAAUGCAGCUUACAGGUGAACUAUCCUAAGAAACUAUCUGUUUACAGCAUUAUUUCAUGUAACAGUGCAGCAAAAAUGAGCAAGUUUAUGAAGCAUGUAGGGCAGAUGCCCACAUUAUACUGUAUUUAGUGUGUAUUUGCAAAGUUGUGGGCAGAACGUUUUUGUCUUAAUGCUUACAUUUGAGAGCACAUAACUUUGCAGCGCUGAACUAAGUGUCCGUUAAGAUAUCAUAAGUCAGUUCCUGAGCGUUGUAACAACUAAGCUGUGUUAUAGGUAUUUAAUUGUUGUUUUUGUGGCUUUUUCUUACUGUCUGAUGUCUGUCUGUAUUUCUUAUUCUGAUACCUGUCUGUCCUGUUGUCUGAGUGGCUAUAACUCUGUAAUUAUGCUGUCUGUCUCGAUAUCUGCUGAAUAAAGAGCACAUGGGUUGGCUUACAGGUAGAGAGCAACACAUAUGCAUGUUCUUGUUUGUUUGUGGUGCCAUAAUGUUAACGCCCUGCUUGCAAAGCAAUUUAAUUUUGGGCAUGUGCAUAAAUCAGUUCAUGUCGAGGAUCCUUCAGUGGAAAGAAGCAUGUUUUCGAGAGACGGAAACGUUUUGUCUUCGGCUCUGUCUUGUUCAAAAACCAAACGUUGACUCAGAGUGACCAACAUUUCACUGUGAGGGGAGGAAGGAUGAUGGAGGAAGGCAAAGACCCGAGAGCUAGACCUCAACACUGAUUCUGGAGGAAUGGAAGCCAUUUUUCAAACAAGAGCCAUCAUUUUGAUGAUUGAGCCGGAAUGAAAGAUUUAAAUAUUGCGCUUUUACUCACUGUGCUAAGCCAAUAAUGUCAUCUAAAUGAGUUGCAGAAAUCCAGACAAGACGACAGAGAGGUAGACAGGCAUAUAGACAAUUUAAACUGUCUUUUCAAAUGAUGUGUGUAUUGAAAUAUUGUAUAAAGUCAUAUUUAUCAAUAAACCUUUCAGG